UUUUUUUUUUUUUUUUGUCUUUAACUUCCUAAAACGAUUUUUCUUAUUUUCCUACCGCUUUGUUUGAUUGAUGCGCACAAUAUUUUUGUCUUUUGAUUCAUCAUCCAUCACCCAACUUUUUUUGUUUUUUUUGUUUCUUCUUCUUCUUCCCCCUCCACAGAGAGAGAGGCUUGACAAAGUUUAAACCUUCAUCUUCAUGUACCCAAUUUUGCUUAAGCUGAGGUGAAAGAGAGACUCAGAGAGAGAAGUUGCUUACUUGGCUUUUUAAUGGCUAACACUACUACUACAGUUGGGUUUUGAGAAGCCGAGAUUUUUCUUGUUCUUGCGAAAUUGUGGUGUUUAAAGGAAGAAGCUUUUACAUAGAUCCUCAGUUGUUUGCAUUUGUCAUCUAAUCAGGGUUUGAUUGACCAAAGAGUAGAGUAGAGUGGUGAUGAAAAUGUUAGAAUUUGGUCUUCUGGUUUAGAUGGCAACACCACCGGUACAGGCUCCUACGGAAGAGGUCUCACCGCCUACUCCACCAGUAGUAGUGUCACCUCCACCAUUGGUGUCACCUACACCAUUAUCACCGCCUACUCCACCAUUGGCGUCGCCUCCGACAUUGUCCCCGCCUCUUCCAAUGGCCUCACCUCCACCGCAGCCGUCGUCUCCCGGUGAUGAUGCUACUUCCCCAAGUAGAGAACCCAUUAAUGGCAAUUCACCGGAGAUCCUAAUCACUCCAGCUCAAUCUCCUCCUCCUCCUCCGGCUCCGGUGACCCCAGUGUCAUCCCCACCACCAGAACCUUCUCCCUCACUACCUCCACCAAUUGUAGCUCCUCCUCCUGCUCCUACAUCACCCGACCCGCCAAUAAUCGUAUCACCACCUAAGAGCUCUCCCCCUCCAGCUGAUCAGCCUGUCAUUUUACCCACUCCGUUACCCUCACCACCCUCGAUACCAUCAGCUCCGCCACCAGGCUUACCAAGAUAUUCACCUCCUCCACCUACAUUAGUCCCACCAUCACAUUCAUCUCCACCUCCGCCAUCACUUCCUCCUCCACGAUAUCCAGAACGUCCUCCUCCUCCACGGGAUCCUCAACGUCCUGAGAAACCUCCUCCACCGGAAUCCAAACGUCCUGCUCCUUCAUCUCCUCCUCCUCCACCAAAGGAAAUUACCCCAUCUCCCAAGUCAUUACCCUCACCACCACCCUCAGUUGUAUCCCCGCCUUCGCGUCCUCAAAAGUCUGUGCCAGGUUUUGAUAACCCAUCUCCAAACAACCCUACUCCUUUGACAGAUAAUUCCAGCAGCAGUUCUGGUAAUGGUACAGCGGUUGUCGUGGGUGCAAGUAUUGGAGUGGCCCUCUUGUUGCUUUGUCUUAUUGGACUUGUUGUUUGCUGCUUGAAGAGACGUAAAAGGAGGCCCUCAACCAUUGGUGGUGGCUAUGUUAUGCCAACGCCUGUGGAUUCCUCCCCAAGAUCAGAUUCAGUGCUUAUGAAGACACAGUCAUCCGCACCUCUAAUGGGAAAUCGUUCUAGCAAUCGAACAUAUUUUUCACAGUCAGAACCUGGUGGUUUUGGUCAAUCGAGGGAACUGUUCUCAUAUGAAGAACUUGUCAUAGCAACGAAUGGAUUCUCAGAUGAAAAUCUAUUGGGUGAAGGUGGAUUUGGUCGUGUGUAUAAAGGAGUCUUGCCAGAUGAAAGAGUGGUUGCUGUUAAACAGCUAAAAAUAGGUGGAGGCCAGGGUGACCGAGAGUUCAAAGCCGAGGUUGAGACCAUAAGCAGAGUACAUCACCGGAAUUUGCUUUCUAUGGUUGGAUACUGCAUUUCUGAGAGCCGGAGAUUGCUUAUUUAUGAUUAUGUCUCUAACAACAACCUUUACUUCCAUCUUCAUGCCGCAGGGACUCCGGGUCUAGACUGGGCAACACGUGUUAAAAUUGCUGCUGGUGCGGCUCGUGGACUAGCUUAUCUCCAUGAAGAUUGUCAUCCUCGUAUCAUCCAUAGGGACAUCAAAUCAUCCAACAUUCUUUUAGAGGAUAACUUUCACGCCCUGGUUUGUGAUUUUGGCCUUGCAAAGCUAGCUCUUGAUUGUAACACACAUAUUACAACUCGAGUUAUGGGAACAUUCGGAUACAUGGCUCCUGAAUAUGCAUCAAGUGGCAAAUUAACUGAGAAAUCAGAUGUGUUCUCCUUUGGGGUUGUUCUACUAGAGUUGAUCACUGGACGUAAGCCCGUGGAUACAUCCCAGCCUCUGGGAGAUGAGAGCCUUGUUGAAUGGGCUCGUCCUUUGCUUAAUCAUGCCAUUGAAACCGAAGAGUUUGCAGCUCUAGCAGAUCCCAAGCUGGCUAAAAACUAUGUUGGUGUGGAAAUGUUUAGAAUGGUUGAAGCAGCUGCAGCCUGUAUUCGCCAUUCAGCUGCAAAGAGACCUCGAAUGAGUCAAAUUGUUAGAGCUUUCGACAGUCUAGCUGAGGAAGACCUCACCAAUGGGAUGAGACUAGGGGAAAGCGAAAUCAUCAACUCAGCUCAGCAGUCUGCAGAGAUUAGAUUAUUUAGGAGAAUGGCUUUUGGCAGCCAAAAUUACAGUACAGAUUCUUUCACUCGUAGUAGUAAUAUAAGCAAAGAUGAAAACGUGUAAAUAUCAGCAACAAAACACAUUGCAUAAUGAUUUUUCCGAGAAAGAGAUCUUGAUUAACUUCAGAUUUGGAUCAUCUGUUUCA